CAUCCAGUUACUCCAAGCCUCGGGGAGAGAGGACCUCGUUCUGUGCUUUGGGAGAAGAGAGUUGUGGGGUCCUGGUGAUCAAGGGGCGACAAGAGAGAGGCGGCCGGUCUGACAGCCUUCCACUACCCGCGUGACUGUAUUGGUUCCGUCCACCCAGCUACUGUUGCAGGUCUGUCUGCUACCCGCUAUGCCGCUACCCGUUGCGCUGCAGACCCGCUUGGCCAAGAGAGGCAUCCUCAAACAUCUGGAGCCCGAACCAGAGGAAGAGAUCAUUGCCGAGGACUAUGACGAUGACCCUGUGGACUAUGAGGCCACCCGGUUGGAGGGCCUGCCACCAAGCUGGUACAAGGUGUUCGACCCUUCCUGCGGGCUCCCUUACUACUGGAAUGUGGACACAGACCUCGUGUCCUGGCUCUCCCCACAUGACCCCAACUCGGUCGUUACCAAAUCUGCCAAGAAGCUCAGGAGCAGUAAUGCAGAUGCUGAGGAGAAGUUAGACCGGAGCCAUGAGAAAUCAGACCGCGGUCACGAGAAGUCAGACCGGGGCCACGAGAAGUCAGACCGGGGCCACGAGAAGUCAGACCGGGGCCAUGAGAAGUCUGACAGAGACCGAGAGCGUGGCUAUGACAAGGUGGACAGAGAGAGAGAACGGGACAGGGAUCGGGACCGGGACCGUGGGUAUGACAAGGCAGACCGAGAAGAGGGCAAAGAACGGCGCCACCAUCGCCGAGAGGAGCUGGCUCCCUACCCCAAGAGCAAGAAGGUGGCAAGCCGGAAGGAUGAAGAGUUAGACCCCAUGGACCCCAGCUCGUACUCAGAUGCGCCCCGGGGCACGUGGUCAACAGGACUCCCCAAGCGGAACGAGGCCAAGACGGGUGCAGAUACAACAGCAGCUGGGCCCCUCUUCCAGCAGCGUCCCUACCCGUCCCCAGGAGCUGUGCUCAGGGCCAAUGCCGAGGCCUCCCGAACCAAGCAGCAGGACUGAACCCCAUCCACACUGCCCCAGGGUUUUUAAUAAAAGCUUUUCAGUGGAUCAUG